AUGCGCUACACUCAACAUCUCAUACCGGCGCUUUCCACUCUCCCUCAUCUAGAGACGCCACUCACACCUUCGUUGAGACGAGCUAUCGAGGACAUUGUCACGGAGCGCAUCAGAGCCCACGCCAUAGCUAGCAGGGGACAGCACGACUUCGCUCUCAGAGCCGCAGGUGGACGCAUCGUUCCCGCGCUGACAACGGGUUGUACUUCGAUGUUCCACUGGAGCUGUAAUGGCCCAAGCGUGGCGAUCGACGAAGACGUCCGAGUGGGACAGUGUUGGGAUAUCCGUGCGCUCCCUGCUCAGCUAGGCGUCGUCCUCCCUAAGAUCAUCCAGCCCUCUCACGUCACAGUGGAGCACCUUCCGAAGGAGAUCAAUUCAGACAUCGGCACCGCGCCCCGCAAUAUGACGCUCUGGGGUAUCGUCGACGGGAAGGCGAACAUUGCUCUUUUCGAGGAUCUUCUGCGUGAUGAUCCCGGCCUUGAAGCCCUCGGUCGACGGCGCCCCCAUAUCGCAACCGACCAUCGCUAUGCUCCUCUCUUGUCCUUCACUUACGACGUGGACGGCGAGGACGCGAUUCAAACGUUUGGCAUAUCCGAAAGGUUUCGCACCACCCAGAUGUCCUUCGCUGUAUUCGUACUCGAGGUUGAAGACAGCUGGGGAGGAGCAUCCACGUGCUUAUACCGAGUGAGAAUCCACGGAACCGUCGUGUAA